AUCUACCCUUGUCUCCAUUAAUGUGCAAUAAUACAGAACAAGACAACUGAUAAUCCUAACCAGAAGAAGAAGAAAAAAAGCUUCAUCACCGGAUGUCUUCUUCGGCCAUCACCAGUGCAAAUGCACCGCUCCUCGGGGAAAACAAGCCACCUGCAAAGCAUACAUCGGUCUCCAGCGCUGUGUUCAAUGUGUCAACUAGCAUUAUUGGUGCUGGAAUUAUGUCAAUCCCAGCAACUCUCAAGGUGCUAGGAGUAAUCCCAGCAUUUAUGUUGAUAGUGAUUAUAGCUUGGCUAGCAGACAUCUCGGUUGAAUUUCUGAUGAGGUAUACACAUGCUGGGAAGUCAACCACUUAUGCCGGUGUCAUGAAGGAGUCGUUUGGGCGGAUUGGAUCUGUCCUGGUGCAGUUAUGUGUCAUUACAAAUAAUCUUGGUUGCUUGAUCAUUUAUUUGAUUAUUAUUGGGGAUGUUCUUUCAGGAAAUCAACCUGAAGGAUCAGUGCACUUAGGCGUUUUACAAGAAUGGUUUGGCAUUCACUGGUGGAAUUCCCGUGCCUUUUCAAUCCUUUUCAUUGUUGCUUUCGUUAUGCUUCCAUUGGUUUCAUUUAGGCGUGUAGAUGCAUUAAGGUUCAGUUCUGCAUUAGCAGUUUUUCUAGCUGUGCUGUUUGUUUCCAUCAGUUCAGUGAUGGCAAUAGAUGCACUUAUCGAAGGGAAAACCGAAACCCCGAGACUGCUGCCUUACUUGGACAGCAAUGCCUCUUUUUUCGAUCUCUUCACUGCUGUCCCGGUUAUUGUAACAGCUUUCACUUUUCAUUUCAAUGUUCAUCCAAUUGGUUUAGAGAUGGACAAACCUUCUGAUAUGAUGAAAGCAGUCCGAAUUUCACUGAUACUCUGCGGUACCAUCUACUUUACAGUUGGGAUCUUCGGAUACCUUCUUUUUGGUGAAUCGAUCAUGCCUGAUAUACUUGUUAAUUUCGACCAAAAUUCUGGUUCAGCACUCGGUUCUUUACUCAAUGAUGUAGUUCGGUUGAGCUAUGCCCUUCACCUAGUGCUGGUGUUUCCCCUCUUAAACUUCUCAUUAAGGGCCAAUAUUGAUGAAUUCCUUUUCCCAAGUAGGCCUAUCCUGGCAAAAGAUAACACCAGAUUCAUGUCCCUCACUCUUAUUCUGCUAGCCAUUUGUUACUUGUCAGCCAUAGCCAUCCCUAACAUAUGGUAUUUCUUUGAAUUUAUGGGAUCAACCUCUGCAGUCAGCCUUGCUUUUGUCUUCCCGGGUGCUAUUGCUCUUAGGGAUGUUCAUGGCAUAUCGACAUCAAGAGAUCGGAUUGUGUCUGCAGUAAUGAUAAUUUUGGCUUCUGUUACAAGUGUAAUAGCCAUUUCCUCUAACAUAUACAGCUUUUUCACCUGAAACAGAUUAUCACUUGAUUCCUCCUCACCUUCCGCAGAGAUGCUUGUAUUCUAGUGUAAAAAUCAAGUCCCCUUAAUUAGCAAUUUUUUUUCUCCCUUAUCUUGUAAGGAAUAAACACAUCAUAUGUUGAUAAAAAUAAAAUCAGAUAGAUACAUGUAUUUUUCUGAAAA